CCAAAACGGUAAUUCACCAGACUGCAACACUGUACCAAAAAUGAAUUUCAAUAGUGAAAAAAAGAAUAGCUUGCAGAGUUGGCAAUGUCCGCUACCUCAUCUUCUUCGUCGCCAUUUCUAAAUAAACAAACAAACAAACUCUGCCUUUCUUUUUCAGCAGUUAAGCUGCUCUAAUCCACUCACCUACUCUCUUUUUUUCUUCAAUUUAUAAACACAUUAUUUUUCAUGGAUUUUUUUUACUCAUUUGCUUUGAAUUUAAUAUAAGUAGCAGCUGAAUUCAGAUUAAGUAACUGAACAAAUUAAAAAAUUUCAAAAAUGCCAUUGGUGAGGUUUGAAGUGAGGAAUGAGUAUAGGUUAGGUCAAUCGGAGCUGUAUAAAGAAGCGAACCGGGAAGAUCCUAAAGCGGUUCUUGACGGCGUUGCUGUUGCUGGUCUCGUCGGGAUCUUGCGUCAAUUAGGCGAUCUCGCUGAAUUUGCAGCAGAGGUUUUUCAUGGCCUACAGCAGCAAGUAAUGACUACAGCUUCUAGGAGCCAUAAGUUGACGGUUCGUGUGCAAAAUAUUGAAGCUGCACUGCCUUCUCUGGAGAAGGCGGUGCUUGCCCAAACGAGUCACAUACACUUUGCGUAUACAGCUGGUUCUGAAUGGCGUUCUCGCAUUCAAAAUGGACAAAAUCACUUCAUAUAUAAUGACUUACCAUGGUCUAUCAUGGAUUCCUAUGAAGAAUGUCGUGAUCCUCCACGACUGCACUUACUUGACAAAUUUGAUACUGGCGGCCCAGGAUCUUGUUUGAAGAGAUAUUCAGAUCCAACCUUUUUUAGAAGAGCAUCAGGCAACUUCAAGGAACCAGAUGCUGAGAAAGUUCCAAAGGAAAAGAAGGCUCGCAAAACCAAGAAAAAGAGAUCGUCACAGAGGAAAGUGGACUCUCUGGAUUCUGCAUCAAUGCCAAAUCAGAGUGCAAGAAUGUCUUUUACCUCUGCAAAUGUUAAUGGGCAAACUUCUCCAUCUCAUACUGCCUCCACAACUGACAUGACAUUAAAAUCUGAUCUGUGUUAUCAAUCAAAUUCAUUUGAUUCAAGAACAGGAUCAGCUUAUGUUGAAUGUGUUUUCCAAUUAAAUUCCACUGCACAACCUCAAGAACAGGAUUCUAAGGAAUUUUCUCCAAUGUUCAUGCACCAUGAUGAUAUUGCUGAUUCAGUUAUCUCUGAUGGAGUUCCCAGCAUUGCACCUAAUAAUUUUCAUCAGAGUUGUUCGCCUGAGGAAGAUGUGCCGAGUUCAACUUGUGAUACGUGGGAUGAAAAGGCCGAAAUAAUGGAGCUGAAGGGAGUACAGUUUGAUGAAAAGUCAGAAAUGUUGGAGCCUAAGCAGGCAUAUUCUGAAAAAAGUAAAGUUACGGAAAUGUUUACAACAGACUCUGAUCUAGUCUUUCAGAAUGGGGAAAUCGUUGACCAUAGAAAUUCUGAUCAAAUUGACCUGGUAUUGAAUAAUGAUGAUGCGCUGCAAUCAAGCUCCAGUAAGAAUGAACUUGAUGAAGUGGACAGUGAACCAGACAACUUCAUGGAUGCCCUUAACACCAUUGAGUCAGAAUCUGAAAAUGACCUUGAUUGCCAAACUAAACAUGAAGUGGAGCAAUUUUCCCCCGGUGUUGAAGGAACAGAAUACAGCAUCCAUAAGGACAUGGAACAUACUUCUGAUGAUCUUUUGAAAAGCGAACAUAUAUCUGAUGAUCCUAUUAAAAGUGAAUCUGUUGUUGCAUCGCACCUUUCUCUAAUAAAAGGAACAGCUGAAGACUCGCCCGACAGUGUUCCAUCAAAUAGCUUUUCCCAUGAACAUACAUCUCCCAUCUCUGGAGAUCCUUGUAAUUUAGAUAAUCUACCAAGCAUUAGAAGUUCUACAAGUCCUGAAUCUCUUGAUAGUCCGAGAGUAGAAUCUAUAUUCAGUGGAAGUGAUCCUUCACCCUCAGGCUGCGGAAUAUUAAGCACAAUGGACCCAUCUAGUGAUAAGGAUGUUAGCAAUUCCUGCAAGUCUCAAGAAUCUCAUGCCGAAUUGGCUAGUAUUCAACCAGUAUCCUUCUGGACAAAUGGCAGUCUGUUAGGACUUGAGCCAUCAAAGCCCCCUGAUUUUGCUGUUGCAAACACAUCAAUUAAGGUAUCUGAGAGAAGAAGUAACGGUGAAGUCACGUGUCCUCCAAAUCACAUUAAUACGCCGUACAAUGGUGGAGUGAGAAGCCAAGAAAAGGUUCUGCAUUCUGAACACUCCAAUUCACAGCAAGCGGAUCAAGCUUCUGAAGUUGAUAAGACUGGUGAUUUUCAUCAUAGUAAUGGAUUAAAUUACGCUGAUGGUGAAGGGCAUAAAACUACUGCUGUAGUCAAAGUUACAUCUAUUCCAGACCAUGAAGAAAACUCGUCUCAAAUAUUUGGUCUUGGCCAUAGGUUACUUAUUAAUGGCUUUCGUACAAAGAUGUCACUCGUCUCUGAUAGCGAAUCUGAGCUGGCUAGCUCAUUGAGAACUGGGGCAUCAUCAGACCAGAGAAAUGGGCACUGUAGCAUUACAUAUCAUGCAUCUCCAGACAAACCAUUAAAUGAGAAGUUUGGAUAUAAAACUACUGUAGAUUCGCUUACUCCAUCACCAACACUUGACUAUAUGAAAACAUCUUUCCACCCUUCACCACCACUAGGACAUAUGAAAUUAUCUUUCCAACCUAUUGAUGGUUCUGAGGCUUCCAAACUGAAUUUGAAAUUUCCUGAUGGUAAUUACAGUAAUGGAAGCUUUAAAGAUAUGUUCACAUCAUUUCAGUUGGUCCCAGAUCCUACUGUUAGACAAAAAUAUUCUGAUUCUGACGGUGAUACUUUCUGCAGAUCAUCUCCUUAUAUGUCAGAUGAUGAUCUUUGCCAUCACUCUGAUUCAGAUUCUGAGCAAUGGGAAUCUGAUGAAUCGCCUGAAAACAAGGACCAUGAGCUUUAUGAUGCUUUGUGCAGAAUAUCACAUGUUGAUUCUGUUUCAAACUCUGUACAGCAUCAAGAAUUUGAGAAUGUCGUAGAUGCAUCUCUCUCUUCUUCUAUGCUAGAUCUUCCUAGUUUUGAUGCUGUGAACACUCCAAUAACGGGAAAAUCAAAAGAUAAUUUAGGACCAAGGAAUUUCAUAGAACUACAAUAUCUCAAGGACCCCAACCCAUCACCACCACCCCCUCCUCCAGUGCAAUGGCGGGCUACAAAAGCCGCCUCUUCUAUGCCAGAAGACGAGCAAAACAGAAUAUUCGAAGCCCAUGAACAUGCAGUUGAUCUUAAAAGCUCAGAAUCCACAAUAUCUCAGCAACAUAAAGCAGCCCCAGCUAACGAGCAACAAACUAAUGAGGCGACAAUUGCAUUUAAACUAAAUAGCAAGGAUCAGUGGAAGUUGAAUAGACCAAAAGAAGCUAAUCGGCCUGCAAAUACUGAAGAGAUAGAUGAAAAGGAAGACUUCUUGCAUCAAAUCAGAACGAAGUCUUUCACUCUGAGACGCACUGCAACAGCAAAGCCUACCGUCUCACCAGGUCCUGUUGCAAAUGACAAGGUCACUGCAAUUUUGGAGAAAGCAAUUGCAAUCCGUCAGGCUGUUGGCAGCGAUGAUGGAGAGGACGAUGAUACUUGGAGCGACGCUUAAUGACCUGGUGACAAGUUGUUCCGACUUGUAAUUUUGAGUUGGUGUAAUGGGGUGAGGCUGUAGUAUAUAUGUGUAUAAUGACAGUUCCUGUGUAAUUAUUUUGUUGGGUUUUCUUGUAUCUUCCUGCUAAUAUUUGCAUUAAUUUGUUAAAUAGAUAAACAUUACUGUUGUUAACAGUGAGAGUAGCUUUUAGGUCUAUGAUAUGUAAGAUUCUUUAUCAAUCAGGCUCUUAGUUAUGAAUGGUGCGUCUUCCUUUUGUCAAA